AUGUCUGAGGCAGCACGCAAGGAUUUCCACACCAAGGCCGGCGAGAAGCUCACCCCCGACUCCUCUAAGUCCACCCUCGACAAGACCAAGGAGAGCAUCACCGGCGCCGCCGACAAGACGGCUCGUGAGGUCCAGCCUGAUUCCGAGAAGACCACCGCUCAGUCCCUCGGCGACAAGGUCGGCCGCACCAAGGACAACAGCGCCCACGGCUCCACCCACGAAUCUGUUGGCGACAAAGUCAAGGGCGCGCUCGGUCUUGGAAAGCACUAG